AUGUGCGACUCUUCACGUUUUCCUAUCUCUAUGUCCAAGAUGGCGGGUUUUAGUUGUUGUUGUUGUUGUUGCCUCUCUCAAGAUGGCGGCGCUACCGCCCUUCUUCCCCUUUCCCCUUGGGUUGGCGGGGCUUUUCCCCAACUAGCCAAUCAGAGCCCCACCCUGGGCGUGGCUUCCCAGUUGCUGCGGCAACCGCGGCCCAGAAACCGUGAGGGCAGGACGGUAGCGGGGCGCCGGCGGGGGCGGGGGGGAGUUCUGAGAAAUUCGCAAGGCUGGCAGGUAAUGGAACGCGUGGCGUGCAGUAUGCGUGCGCCGGGGGGAAGGGGGACCCGGAGGAGUCGCGUGUCUUUUGCACGUGUGAACGGGUGACGUAUCAGCCACUUCUCUUUAUCCCUCUUGAUUCAAACAGAACACGUGAAAACUGAGGGCGGGUGGCGUGCAACCUUGACCCGCAAGGGUCGAUGCUAAAAAUCGAACUUCCAACUUUGCAAGUGACCUGAGGAUUGUUUGGAGACAAAGGAUUUAAAUAAUAAUGUUGUUGUUGUUUAGUCGUGUCCGACUCUUCGUGACCCCCUGGACCAGAGCACGCCAGGCACUCCUGUCUUCCACUGCCUCCCGCAGUUUGGUCAAACUCAUGCUGGUAGCUUCGAGAACACUGUCCAACCAUCUCGUCCUCUGUCGUCCCCUUCUCCUUGUGCCCUCCAUCUUUCCCAACAUCAGGGUCUUUUCCAGGGAGUCUUCUCUUCUCAUGAGGUGGCCAAAGUAUUGGAGCCUCAGCUUCAGGAUCUGUCCUUCCAGUGAGCACUCAGGGCUGAUUUCCUUCAGAAUGGAUAGGUUUGAUUUUCUUGCAGUCCAUGGGACUCUCAAGAGUCUCCUCCAGCACCAUAAUUCAAAAGCAUUAAUUCUUCGGCAAUCAGCCUUCUUUAUGGUUCAGCUCUUGCUUCCAUACAUCACUACUGGGAAAACCAUAGCUUGAACUAUACGGACCUUUCUUGGCAAGGUGAUGUCUCUGCUUUUUGUCAUUGCUUUUCUCCCAAGAAGCAGGCGUCUUUUAAUUUCGUGACUGCUGUCAUUUGCCAGGAGGUGAUGGGACCAGUGGCCAUGAUCUUCUUCUUUAGUCAUCAUCAUCAUCAUCACCACGUUGCCUUUGCUUACCAAUGCUAGGCUCUUCGUGUCCCCAGUAUUCAUUGGAAGGUCACUGUUAAAUCCUUUAAUUACCAUCGCAACCUGUACUUUCCUUGCAUUUCAUUCCCCCCUCCCAACCCAGUUUACAACCCCCAUCUUGUUUUGCUAUCUUCACAUGCAGACUUCUCUGAAGACCCCCAACCGCCCCCCCCCGGCUUAGGUGUAUUGAAAAAGGAGUUCCAACAAGGAAAGUUAACACCUGGAAAUGUUCAGUUCAGUUUUUGCAUUGUAGUAAUUGGUCAUACAGGAGUAACUUGAAUCUCAUUUCUGUUUUUAUUAAUAAAUACAUCUAACCACACAAACGUAUAGCCUUAGGGAAGCAAUACUUCAAACAAUCUUGGUACAAAAUUUAGAUUUCAGUAGUUCAAGCAAGGAGUAAGUAAGUACUUGAGAGGUUGGGGGUGCCCAAAACUGGAAAUUGCAAGAAAUUCCUACUAUUGUGGAGCGGCAGACGAAAAUGAUGAGCUAUGCGGAGUUAGCCAAACUGACGGGAAGAAUUCGGGAUCAGGAUGAUCAGAGGUAUCAAGAAAGUUGGAGUAAAUUUAGGGUGUAUAUAAAGGAUAAUUGUAAAAACUUAAAAACGCUGGCAGGAUUGAAAUAGCUCUUACAUUGUAUGACAGAUAUAAGGGUUAAAAAAUAGAAUACGUGGUACAAGAAACUAAGGGAUGCUCGCUGAAGAGAUGGAGGGAAGUCGCAAGCUCGGCUAGAGCUAAAAGAAUUUAUGUGAUUCAUUGUAUUGUACUGUAAAAAUAUGUAUAAGGAAAAUAAUAAAAAUUUAUUUUUUUUAAAAAGAGAGAGGUUGGGGGUGACAGGAGCAAUAUAUUUUACUUCAGCAACAGCCGUCUGAUUCAGUUGCAAGGAGGGUUGCCGUGACCUGGAGAAACGGUGAGAUUGCAAAACCCCAGCACAGGUUUUCACCUGUGUAGUAUAGCAGCAGAUGCAGAAUUCUGAAUCUGGAGAACUUUGCUUUUGUCUUUUGAGCCAAGUUUCCAGCCCUCAAUAAUAAUUAUAAUUAUAAUUAUAAUUUAUUAUUUAUACCACGCCCAUCUGGGUGGGCUUCCCCAGCCACUCUGGGCGGCUUCCAACAGAACACUAAAAUACAAUAACCUAUUAAACAUUAAAAGCUUCCCUAAACAGGGCUGCCUUCUUCUAAAAGUUUGGUAGUUAUUUUUCUCUUUGACAUCUGGUGGGAGGACGUUCCACAGGGCGGGUGCCACUACCGAGAAGGCCCUCUGCCUGGUUCCCUGUAACUUGGCUUCUCGCUGGGAGGGAACUGCCAGAAGGCCCUCGGCGUUGGACCUCACUGUCCGGGCAGAACGAUGGAGGUGGAGACACUCCUUCAGGUAUACUGGGCCUUUGAGGCUGUUUAGGGCUUUAAAGGUCAGCACCAACACUUUGAAUUGUGCUCGGAAACGUACUGGGAGCCAGUGUAGGUCUUUCAAGACCGGUGUUAUAUGGUCUCGGUGGCCACUCCCAGUCACCAGUCCAGCUGCCGCAUUCUGGAUUAGUUGUAGUUUCCGGGUCACCUUCAAAGGUAGCCCCACGUAGAGCGCGUUGCAGUAGUCCAAGCGAGAGAUAACCAGAGCAUGCACCACUCUGGCGAGACAGUCUAUGGGCAGGUAGGGUCUCAGCCUGCGCACCAGAUGGAGCUGGGAGACAGCUGCCCUGGACACAGAAUUGACCUGCGCCUCCAUGGACAGCUGUGAGUCCAAAAUGAUUCCCAGGCUGCGCACCUGGUCCUUCAGGGGUACAGUUACCCCAUUCAGGACCAGGGAGUCCCCCACACCAGCCCGCCCCCUGUCCCCCAAAAACAGUACUUCUGUCUUGUCAGGAUUCAACCUCAAUCUAUUAGCUGCCAUCCAUCCUCCAACCACCAAGGUAACCUUAAAACACAUGUGAAAUCUCAGAAGUGGUCUGGAAUAUGAUGAUGGCCCCUGACUGGGUGUCUCCUUUCUCUUUAAGGUCCUUUCCCACUGCAGGCCCAUGGCUGAAGUGCACGUGAUUGGUCAGAUCGUGGGAGCCAGCGGAUUUCCUAGCAGCAGCCUUUUUUGCAAAUGGGGGAUUCACACAGGUUGGUGGAGCAUUAUGGUCUAGAGAUCACGGGAAAGGAGAAGGCAGAGAUAAUUCAGCGUGUGAUUUAUGGGUUAAUUCUGUUCGGUUAAAGUCAGCUGGCAGGUGUUGCUUAGCGACCAAUCAGAGGAGCAGGAUCUUUGCCGAGGUAGCAUCAGCUCUCAUUGGCUGCCUAGUUCCGAGGGAGUUUUCCUCUGUAUGUUUAGUUGAGUGUUUUCCUGCUGUGUAGAAGGCCUGAGCUAAGAAAGGCAGAAAGCCUCUCGGUUGAAUUUCUUCUCUGAAUACGCGGAUUUAGAUAGCAUGUCAGAAAAGAUAAAAAAAUAAACCAAAAUGGGUAUUUAUUUCAAAAUGGGAAGUUUUUAAAAUAUAUUUGAAAAAUAGUAAUAAUAGUAGUUUAAAGUCAUACCAUACACAGCGUUCGAAUAAUUUCAGUAGCAGUGUUAAAAAUGUGGAAAAACCAAUGAAUGGAUCAAGGGAUAUUGAAACUGAACAAAACUCGUUAUGCAAUGGCAGCGAACAAUUAAUACAGAAUCUGUAAUAAGGAAUAGACGGGAAGUCUGGUAGAUAGAAAAAGACCACUUUUAUGUUUUGAAGGUUACUAGUUGAUGUACUAAUUCUCUUUUUCUCUUUGGUGGCGAUGGAGAUUUGUUUUCUUUUUCUGUAUGGUGUGUUAAUGUGAACGGUAACGAUAAAAUUUAAUAAAAGAAAAAGAAUUUCUCCUCAGAUUUAUACGCUGUUCUUGUUCAGUUUGCUUCGUCAAGUGUUAUCAAGCUUCUCUUCUCUCUAAAUGCCAUCUAUGUUAUUUAAGUGACGCUACUAAAGGGGGAGGUGAGAGGAAGUCAGUUCCCCAGGCGCUUUCCACCCCCCCCCCACAUUUUUAGACUUGAUUCGAGAGGCAGAGCUUUGUCUAUUCAUAACCGAGACAUCUGGGUUUUCUCCUCCUCCCAGGUGGUGCCUGGAAGUUGCUGUCGGGAUUCCGGGAAGGGCAGACCCAAGUCGACCACCCCCAGCUGGAUGAUGUGGCUUAUUGGUCCCACCCCAUCGACGUCCACUUUGCCACCAAAGGCUUGCAGGGUAAGAGAUAUCAGUUGCCUUUCCCUUCCUCCUCUGCAGUUCUUGGCUAUUGCCAAGUUAAAAACAUGAGAUCCUUUUAAAUAAUAUUUUUGUGUGUGUUGCAAGACACAGCUGCAGCUGGACAGGGAAACGCCUAACACAUUGCAGGCAAAUCACCCAGUGACCGCUUGCUAAUGCUUUGAGCUGGCUGUGGUUACUGAUCCACAGAGGGCCAUUUUCUUUGGUAGCGUCCUGGUUAUGCAGUGGAAGCUAGCUAGGCCAUCAGGGCAUAUGCCCCCCCCAUCUAGGCCUCACAUAAAAGGUAAAGGGACCCCUAACCAUUAGGUGCAGUCGUGACCAACUCUGGGGUUGCGGCGCUCAUCUCGCUUUAUUGGCCGAGGGAGCCGGUGUACAGCUUCCAGGUCAUGCGGCCAGCAUGACUAAGCCGCUUCUGGCGAACCAGAGCAGCGCACGGAAAUGCCGUUUACCUUCCUGCCGGAGCGGUACCUAUUUAUCCACUUGCACUUUGACGUGCUUUUGAACUGCUAGGUUGGCAGGAGCAGGGACCAAGCAACGGGAGCUCACCCCAUCGCAGGGAUUUGAACCGCCGACCUUCCGGUCGGCAAGUCCUAGGCUCUGUGGUUCAACCCACAGCGCCACCCGCAUCCAUCUAAUAAAGCAGAAUGGUUGCUGGGUGCUGCAGCGUAGAUGUAAUUGCAUCAAUAACAUAUUGCAGAAUAGAUGCACAAAAAUAAAUAAAUCAGUCUGUAGAGGUUCCAGAUUUCUGCUGUGACGUUGGUGGCUUGAGCAAACAAAGCAGAACACUCGCCUUGUUGGCUAUGUUAGCAUCAAAGUGACCUCCCUGGGGCCCAAGCGUGUGUGUCUGGAGAUCCUGGGCAGCCCAAAGGACAAGACCCCCUUUCUCGGCCUCAUUGAUGUGGUCCAAAGGAAAGCAGAGCAAGACGUUUGGCACCAGCUGGGCUGCAGGAGUUGCCGGAAGGAGGCGUACAAGGCGCCCUCCAACAGCAUUUGUGUAGGGUUUACGCCUUAGGCUUUUCUUCUCCCGAAGAUAUUCUGCAAGGCAGCAGAGGUUUGGAAUCAGUUUUCCUUCUCUUAGAUGUUCUCCCUUCCCAAGUGGUUAGCAAUGUCAUUCUAAACUGAAAGCUUUUGGAUAAUAAGGACAAAAUCUUCAAAAAUUGAACAGUCGCUUUUGGGAGAUAUGAAAAAUGAGUAUGAGCAAUGAGCACUCUUCCUGAGUGGCAAUUUAACCAAUUUAAAAGGCAACCCACUGAACAACGAUGCUCUUAAAUAGCUAAGCCGCAUCUUAUAACUGGUGCGACAGUUCUGCAGUGUGGCUGCCGGCCAACCUUCGCCGGGAAUUUAGCUGGCUACGAUGCCCCAAAUCUUGGCUCUAUCAGUGUGAAUGAUGCUUCAUAACACAUGCAUUGCUGGCCAAGAAUCUGCCCCACUUACGGAGGCUGUUGAACCCACCCACUCGCCCCCAACCAGCCUGAUCUCCCGUCUUCCCCAUUGGGACUUUGGCCCAAGUCCAAGCAAAAAUUGGCAUUGAGGCAAUGUCUAUUAGGGCAAAUGGGACCCUGCUCCACAAAGCUCACUCUGCCCUCAUCCAGCCUUCUCCUGAGAUAAAUCCAGUCCAGGGAUCUCAGAAAACAACAAAUAGGGGGAUUUAGGAGCAGGUUGGCUUCCCCCUCCUUAGUUUUGCUGUUGUACAACUCAGCAGGGAGGAGGAGGAUAGAGGCAAAUAGUUGGCUUUCGUUGCCUCUGGCGCCACCUGCUGUUCGCCUCCCUGCCUUCCACCCUACCAGUGGUGCCCAGCCAGCUGCAUUGUAGAGCUGUGGCCUUCGGAAGCCCCCUCUCUUCAGGGGAUUCUGGCUUGAAAGGUGGGGCUGGGGAUUUAUGGUGGAGAAUUCUCUGCAUCUCAGCUGGACUGUAUUCCCGCAAGAACUCAGUGGCUCGGGAUGGAGGACAAAGAGGGCUGUGUGUGGCAGCUAGCCUAGUGCACAAAGGCGUCAUUUGCAUCUGUUGCUCCUCCCACUGUUGCCUCUGGCUCCACCCACCAUUGGCCCCUUGGAAGUUGCUCAGAAGAGAGUGCGGGCCCUUGGCUUGAAAUGGUUCCUUGUCCCCAGCAGUUGCUCAGGGGUUGAGGAAAGGUACUCUGCGUAGACUCAGAGGCCCCCAUUCUCUCCAGCCAUGAAAUGCGGAGGGGUGUUUAAGCAAAUUGCACAAUCCGGCUCGAAUCAGGCACUGUGUCUCGCCUCUCAUUAUGAACCUGCCUGACAGGAGCGAGCCAGCAGUAAACUGCACUGAGGAACUUGGAGGUAAAGGUAAAGGGACCCCUGACUAUUAGGUCCAGUCGUGGCCGACUCUGGGGUUGCGGCGCUCAUCUCGCUUUAUUGGCCGAGGGAGCCGGCGUACAGCUUCCAGGUCAUGUGGCCAGCAUGACUAAGCCGCUUCUGGCGAACCAGAGCAGCGCACGGAAACGCCGUUUACCUUCCCGCCGGAGCGGUACCUAUUUAUCUACUUGCACUUUCACGUGCUCUUGAACUGCUAGGUUGGCAGGAGCAGGGACCGAACAACGGGAGCUCACUCCGUUGCGGGGAUUCGAACCACCGACCUCCAGAUCGGCAAGUCCUAGGCUCUGUGGUUUAACCCACAGCGCCACCCGCAUCCCUUUAACUUGGAGGUAACUAUUAGCAAAAACAGGAUAUGCGCAGGAACAUCAGGCUUAGUAGUGAGCACAACAUCUCGAUCUCUGGCAGGUCUUGCUCACAUGAAGCAGUUCAUAGAAUCAUAGAAUCCUAGAGUUGGAAGAGACCACAAGGGCCAUCGAGUCCAACCCCCUGCCAAGCAGGAAACACCAUCAGAGCACUCCUGACAUAUGGUUGUCAAGCCUCUGCUUAAAGACCUCCAAAGAAGGAGACUCCACCACACUCCUUGGCAGCAAAUUCCACUGUCGAACAGCUCUUACUGUCUUCCUAAUGUUUAGGUGGAAUCUUCUUUCUUGUAGUUUGGAUCCAUUGCUCCGUGUCCGCUUCUCUGGAGCAGCAGAAAACAACCUUUCUCCCUCCUCUAUGUGACAUCCUUUUAUAUAUUGGAACAUGGCUAUCAUAUCACCCCUUAACCUCCUCUUCUCCAGGCUAAACAUGCCCAGCUCCCUUAGCCGUUCCUCAUAAGGCAUCGUUUCCAGGUCUUUGACCAUUUUGGUUGCCCUCCUCUGGACACGUUCCAGUUUGUCAGUGUCCUUCUUGAACUGUGGUGCCCAGAACUGGACACAGUACUCCAGGUGAGGUCUGACCAGAGCAGAAUACAGUGGCACUAUUACUUCCCUUGAUCUAGAUGCUAUACUCCUAUUGAUGCAGCCCAGAAUUGCAUUGGCUUUUUUAGCUGCCGCGUCACACUGUUGGCUCAUGUCAAGUCUGUGGUCAACCAAGACUCCUAGAUCCUUUUCACAUGUACUGCUCUCAAGCCAGGUGUCCCCCAUCUUGUAUUUGUGCCUCUCAUUUUUUUUGCCCAAGUGCAAUACUUUACAUUUAUCCCUGUUAAAAUUCAUCUUGUUUGUUUUGGCCCAGUUCUCUAAUCUGUCAAGGUCGUUUUGAAGUGUGAUCCUGUCCUCUGGGGUGUUAGCCACCCCUCCCAGUUUGGUGUCAUCUGCAAAUUUGAUCAGGAUGCCCUUGAGUCCAUCAUCCAAGUUGCUGAGACUGAAGGUCCCCACGGCUGCCUAAGUCCCCCUCCUCUCCAGGGUUUCCCCCAAGCAAUCGGAGACUGCGCCUGCGUUAAACAAACUUCCCCUCUGCUCUCUUCAUGCCUCUCCUGGCUCUGGGAGACAAGGGGCGGGGGAACUCGUUGCAGCAGGAGAGGCAGACGCCCGUGACUCUUCACCAGCCGGACUCCUCUCUGCCUCUUGGCCUCCCUCCUCUGCUUCUGCUUCUGCUUCUGGACUUCUCUCUGCCACGGACUCUCCCAGCUCACUAAACCCUGUUACCCCUUCAGCUUCUGACACCUCCUCCUCCCUCUCCUCCCUCUGACCAUGCUUGCUCUCCAACCACCAAUCCCCGAGCUCCGAGCCUUUUUCCCUUGGUGAUUCCCCUGCUGGUUGCUCCCCCUGUUCCUCUGCAUCAAACCAGCCCAUACCAUUUCCCCUUGGAACUUGGAAUCUUCAGCCCAGUCUUCUGUUUUCAACAGAAGCCCCCUAGAUUUGGUGGGUUUGGGGUACCAGUUCCCCUCUUAACGUGGGACAAUUGAGGGGAGGCCUUGAUGCCUGCUCUGAACUUCUGGAAUUCCCAGCCGCGGAGGGUGCUGGGUGUGUGUGUGUGUGUGACGGCAAUACUUUUGGGCUCGGUUUAUUUGAAGGUUACCAGAUUUUUUUCAAUAAAUCCGGGGACAUUUUUCAACUUCAAUGGGUUUUGUAUGGGGACUGAUUUGUAAAUCCGGGGACCGUCCCCGGGAAAUGGGGACAUCUGGUAACCAUAGUUUAUUUUAUAUUUCACCCUUUCUUUCCCUCCCCACCCCCUCCAAGAAUAAGGUAGGUAAAGAGACCCCUGACCAUUAGGUCCAGUUGCGGACGACUCUGGGGUUGCAGCGCUCAUCUCGCUUUCCUGGCUGAGGGAGCCGGCUGUACAGCUCAUGUGGCCAGCAUGACUAAGCCGCUUCUGGCGAACCAGAGCAGCACACAAAAACGCUGUUUACCUUCCCGCCAGAGCGGUACCUAUUUAUCUACUUGCACUUUGACGUUCUUUCGAACUGCUAGGUUGGCAGGAGCUGGGACCGAGCAACGGGAGCUCACCCCGUCGUGGGGAUUCGAACCGCCGACCUUCUGAUCAGCAAGUCCUAGGCUCUGUGGUUUAAUCCACAGCGCCACCCGCGUACAUUUGAUAUAAUUGGCUACCUGAAAGGAAAUUAAUCCGUGGCUACGGUAAACUGCUCCAUCAGACAAAAGAGCUCAGAAGCCAGCCAGUGAAGGGAAGCCGUUUGGAAUGGCAGGGGAUUAAUUGUCGGAGCGGCCGGCUUUUUUUGUGUGCGUGCCGCAAAGCCGGUUUGAUUUGCGUGGGCUUCUCUUUGCUGCCUUUUCUAGGCUGCGCUUCAGCUGAGCUGAGCUGGACCGGAAAGGUGGGGGCAAGGAAGGACCAAGCGGGGGGGACAGAGGAAUGGAUUGAUGCGGAAAAGCUGCCGAAAGUCUCCCGCCGCUUCCUUUUCUUCCCGGCUGACGAGACUCCACAUAAUUAAUAAAUCAUGCUUCCCCGGUUCCCUUUAUUGCUGGGAACACAGUGCUCAGGCGAAGAGAUAAAAAAUACACACACACACAUAUAUAUAACCCCACCGCCACCCCCGGCCAGCCAGACCUUGGCUAAUGUUGAAAUACGAACUCCGAAUUGACAGGGGGAGAUGGUGGCGGGAGCAGGAGAGAGAGAGAGAGAGAGAGAGAGAAAGAAAAAAGAAAGAAAGAAAGAGAGGAGAAGGAGGAUGGAGCCUAACGAGUGCUUGGAGGAGACAGACUCUGACUUAAUAAUAAUAACCUUAAUAUUUAGCAUCGGUUGAGUGCUUUCUGCAAGCUCAUGUCACUUCACAGACGCCGCCAAACAGCUCUUUAUGGUAAAUCAGCAUUGUUAUCCGCACACUGAAUUAUUAAGAACCUGCCAGAUCAGGCCAGCAUCCUGCACUCCACAGUGCCUAGUCAGAUACACCAGUUUCCCAAUCUUCAGUGCUCCAUCGGAGCAAACAUCAGUUUGGGUUCCCCACAGAUGGCCGUUUGCUCUGAUUGAGCUUUAAAGAGCAGAUUUUCACAGGGAAAGCUCUGAAGCAAAAGGGAAAAAAGGUGUUCAGAGCUUUAAAUCACGGGCCGUGCCUGGAAAGAGUGGAGGAAAAGUUUGGGUGUGAAUAAGCCCUGAGUUUGGGGAAGUCGUUUUGGACCUCUUCACCAUCUCUCCUGUUUAAACUACCGUGAAUGAUUUAGUAUCAAUGGCCACCUCACUGCCACCCCCAACUUUAGAUCGUUGGAAAGCACAAGUCCAGAUACUGACCCUUGCAGGACUCCUCAUUCUGUAUCCUUCCAUCAUGAGAACUGUCCAUUUUUCCCCUGCUCUUCUUCCUGUUUCUUUAACAGUUCCUCAUCCACAAUAGGAGUGUCAAAAUCUUUUUUUUUCUAUGUCCAAGUAUUCAGUGUCGUGGUUUGCAAGCUCCUUGGGGCAGAGGCUUGUCCUUUUAGAUCAAGCUAUUCUAUUCUGCGGCAAAGUGCCACACUCACUGGUUAUGACUUUGAAACUCUGGUCUUGUCUCAUAUACAUUUGGAUACCACGUAGCAAUCCGACAGGCCUCCUGCCGUUUGUGUCCUUUGGGGCCCCAGUGUUCCAGACUUCCUUUUCUCCAUUUAUAUAUCUGUCAACUGAGAAGUCUUCAUGCCUCUGUCCUAACGGGACCCUGGUCCUCAAAUGUUGAUGCCACACACACACAAACACUCAAACACACAUAUCUUUAAAGAUUCUGUUUUUGCUGUGGCAGAAAUAGUGUGGUAUUCCCUCCACAAUCUGUGUGCAUGGAUGCUAUUAUAUUAAGAAAGAAAUACCCUGAAUAUUAGAUGGGACGCGGGUGGUGCUGUGGUCUAAACCACUAAGCCUAGGGCUUGUCGAUCAGAAGGUCGGUGGUUCGAAUCCCUGCGACGGGGUGAGCUCCUGUUGCUCGGUCCCAGCUCCUGCCCACCUAGCAGUUCAAAAGCACGUCAAAGUGCAAGUAGAUAAAUAGGUACCGCUCCGGUGGGAAGGUAAAUGCCGUUUCCGUGCUCUGCUCUGGUUCGCCAGAAGCGGCUUAGUCAUGCUGGCCACAUGACCUGGAAGCUGUCUGCGGACAAACGCCCGCUCCCUCUGCCUAUAGAGCGAGAUGAGCGCGCAACCCCAGAGCCUUUACUUUACCCUGAUUAUUAACUACAGUCGUACCUCUUGUUAUGUUCGGUUUAGGUUACGUCUUUUCAGGUUGCGUCCCGCAGCGACCCAGAAGUACUGGAAAGGGUUACUUCCAGGUUUCGCCGCUCGCGCAUGCGCAGACGAGCAAAAUGACAUGACGCGCAUGCGCCGAAGCGGCGAAUCGCGACCUGCGCACGCACAGACGCGGGUUGCGUUCCUUUCAGGUUGCGAACGAGGCUCCGGAACGGAUCCCGUUCACAACCAGAGGUACCACUGUAUUCUUUGCGUUAAAUAACAACAGCCUGCUUGCAUUCCCUUAAUUCAGAUAAACUAUUCUGUAACAUCCUUUCAAAAAAUGGUUCAGUUGAAACUUGAGAAAUGCUAUUCCUCUACGUUGUGAUUUUUUUAUAGGGAGAUAAGAUGCCACUUUAACUCCAUGGUACUUCCGUAAUGCUCAGACGAAUUUUAGGUUUCAGUUUUAAUGGUAGACUCCAACCCUAAGAUUACAGAAAAUAUAGCACAGAACCUCCAUCUCUGGGGGCGGAGCUCUUUUUGCUUCUAAGGAGUGCUAGCUAUGUCCUCUGGCUGAUGCUGCAACCUUGUUCCCGAACCCGGUGUAGCAGAGUGGUUUUGGAUCGCGAUCCAGGAAGCUUCUGAUUCAAAUCUCGACUUGGCUGGGAACUUGCUGGGCAACCUGAGAAAAGCCACUGUCCUCUCUGCCCCCACCAGAGGGGGCAGGAAUGUUAUACCCGUGUAAUCCCUUCCAAGCUGUUGUAAGGGUCACCAGGAGGCAGAGAAAAUAUACAAAGGCAUUGAUUUCUCUUCCAAGCCAUCUUCAUUGCACGCAGCGCUGUUUCUGCGCCACUGCAGUUCAGCUUCCAACAAAAACUACAUCGCUGGUCCUGCUGUCUGCUGUAGCAGAAUCUCAUAUAAUUGAUUACAUUGUUCUGCACCAUUUCAGUGCACGGGCAUUUAUUUAUUUCAUCUUAUUUAGCUUUUAUAUAUCCCAGCUUUCCUUCAAGGAGCGCAAGGCGGCAUGCCUCGUUCUCCGCCUCCCCGUGUUAUCCUCACAACAGCCCUGCGAGGUAGGUUGGGCUGAGAAUGAAUGACUGGCCCAAGGUCGCCCUGUGAGCUUCAGGGCCGAGGGGGGAUUUGAACCCCGGAGUCUCAGGUCUUAGUGCAGCACUCUAACCACUACACCAUACUGCCUCUACAUGGUACGAGUAGUGAACAUCAGUAGUGUCUGCUUCCAUCUAAAUCCUCCCAACAUCGCUACCGAGAUGAAAUGGUGGGAUGCUUCGGAAACUUAAAUUGCUAUCCUUCCUUCCUUUUUCCAAAACAACUUUUAUUUAUAAUUUUUCACAAUCACAUAAACCAAACACAAUACAGUCAUACCUUGGUUUUUGAACAGCUUAGUUCUCAAACGUUUUGGCUCCCGAACGCCGCAAACCCGGAAGUGAGUGUUCCGGUUUGUGAACUAUUUUUGGAAGCUGAAGCCUCCUGCAACCAAUCAGAAGCUGCGCUUUGGUUUCCAAACGUUUUGGAAGUUGAAAAGACUUCUGGAACGGAUUCCGUUCAACUUCCAAGGUACAACUAUAUUGAAUUAAACAUAAGACUUCCCUUCCCACCUUCCAUUCUUCCUUCUGAUUCCCCCUUACUGCUGCAUAUUCUAAUUACCAUAUUUUUCUGUGUACAAGAUGAGGUUUUUUUAUUCAAUAGAAAUGCUAAAAAAUGGGGAUUGUCUUAUACACAGAUAGCGCAGAGGUGGGACGGGCGAUUGGUGGCUUCGCUGAUGUGUGCCAUUGGCAGCGGGGUCAGGUGGGUGAGCGAUUGUCGACAAUCCCUCCCCAAAAAAGCUCAACAAGUCUGGGCACUCUCCCUCUAUUUCCUCAAUCAGGAGUCCCCAAAAAUCGGGGUCGUCUUAUGCACGGGGUCGUGUUAUACACGGAAAAAUACGGCACUCCGGAUUUCCCCUUUCUCAUUUUAGUAAAGGUAAAGGGACCCCUGACCAUUAGGUCCAGUCGUGGCCAACUCUGGGGUUGCGGCACUCAUCUCGCUUUAUUGGCCAAGGGAGCCGGCGUACAGCUUCUGGGUCAUGUGGCCAGCAUGACUAAGCCGCUUCUGGCGAACCAGAGCAGCGCACAGAAACACUGUUCACCUUCCCGCCGGAGCGGUACCUAUUUAUCUACUUGCACUUUGACGUGCUUUCGAACUGCUAGGUUGGCAGGAGCCGGGACCGAGCAACGGGCGGGAGCUCACCCCGUUGCGGGGAUUCAAACCGCCAACCUUCUGAUCGGCAAGUCCUAGGCUCUGUGGUUUAACCCACAGCGCCACCCGUGUCCCAUUUUCUCAGUUAGGAGUCCCAAAAAAUUGGGGUCGUCUUACACACGGGCGCGUCUUAUACACAGAAAAAUACGGUACUCCAUAUUUCCCCUUUUAUCUCAAUGCAAUUUUCACUGCUGAAUUUACUCCCAUCCUGCUAACGCCCUAACCUGUUUGCAAUGAUUCUUCGAGUAUUCUACAAACAUUUUCCAGUCUUCCUUAAAUACCCUUUCCUCUGGCUCUCCUAUUCUGCUGGUUAAGCUGGGCGAUUGUGCACCUUCCACCGUUUUCGUCUGCCACUCCUCCUUCGUUGGUCCUGCUCCCUUCCCUCCGUUUCUGGUACAUACCGUCUUUUUUGCUCUAUAAGACUCACUUUUUCCCUCCUAAAAAGUAAGGGGAAAUAUGUGUGCAUCUUAUGGAGCGAAUGCAGGCUGCGCAGCUAUCCCAGAAGCCAGAACAGCAAGAGGGAUUGCUGCUUUCACUGCGCAGCGAUCCCUCUUGCUGUUCUGGCUUAUGAGAUUCAGAAUAUAUUUUUUCUUGUUUUCCUCCUCCAAAAACUAUGUGCUUCUUGUGGUCUGGUGCGUCUUAUAGAGCGACAAAUACGGCAUACCAUUUGGGCUGCCAUGGCUGCGUAGAGAAACGACCCUUCCUUUCUCUUUUUCCCCGCCAGGCUGGCCCAAGCUGCACGUUCAGGUGUGGCACCAGGACUCCUUUGGGCGCACAGAGCUGUACGGGUACGGCUUCUGCCACGUGCCUUCCACCCCCGGCUCCCACCAGCUGGACUGCGUCACCUGGCGCCCCCUGGGCUCGUGGCAGGAACAGCUCUCCCAGCUUUUUGUGGGAGGGGGCCCCCAGCUGCUCAACACCGACCUGAUCUACACGGGGGCCGACCGCUACCGCCUGCAGACUUGCGCCAUGGGCACCGUCCACCUCCAACUGGCCGUCAUCCUCCGGAACUUCGACCGCUAUGGCGUUGAGUGCUGA